AGGAAAUUCUUUCUGACAACAAUGCCAUUUGGUGGUCCAUGGAUGGAAGGUAUUUUUGCUAUGCUACAUUCGAUGACACUUUUGUAGAACAAGCAGCCUACACAGACUAUGAUUUCAGUGUAUACGACAACGUAGUGCGAAUACCAUAUCCAAAAGCUGGUGUAUCCAAUAACCCAAUUGUUAAGUUAACACUAUUUGACACAAGCACCAAAGAAGAAUAUACCAUUAAUCCACCUUCUGAACUACAAGAAUUGGAAGACUUCAAAGGCCUCUACUUAUGGUCUGUUUCAUGGUCACAGAGUAAUUAUUUUACUGUGAUAUGGUCAAAUAGAGCUCAAAACCACCAAGUUGUGAUGUUGUGUCAAGCAAAUACUGUAUGUGAACUCAGCUAUGAGAAAAAAUUGAAUCAUGGAUGGUUAAUGAUGCCUCCACCGAUAAUGAAAAGAAAUGGAGAAGUUUAUUUUACUAAACUUGGACGGAAACAAGACAGUAAAGGUGAUUUUCAACAUAUUGCUAUGGUAACUUCUCCAAAG